AUGGCUGCCAUCUAUCAGCAGUUCCUGGCCUCGCCCAGCCUGUCAGCGCUGGCCGACAAGGCUGCGCUGCACUACCUCCCCACCACGACCACCAUCUCCGGCGCCGAGGAGAUUGUCAAGCAUUUCGAGGGUCUUCGCAAGCACCUCAAGAAGAACGAGAAUGUCCUCAGCGCCGUCGACGGUCAGACUUCGGCUGCCUUUGAGACCGAUACGAACCUCGAGUUUCUCAUCAGUGGCGGUCCUUACCUGCCUGGUCUUGACGACAACUUCAUCGCCGACCGUGCCGUGUCUCUUCCUAUUUACCACUUUGUCUCACUCUCCGACGACGGCAAGAUCUCGCAGAUUCGCCUGUCUUGGGACCAGGCGUCCCUCCUCAGGCAGCUCGACGUCAUCGGCAAGACUGGCCGCAACUGGCCGAUCCGGGAUUGCAAGGAGCAGAUUACUCUGAUCCAAUGGUCCGUCAAGGCUGCAGGCACCGGCGCUGGUACUGCCUCGACCACCGACAACCUCCCCAACCGUUCGCGAGGCGCUUCCCACGCCACCCGCGAUCCCCACACCACGCUGCAUAUGCAGCCCACCAGGGAGGAGCUCGAGAACGCCGUUAGGGAGUCUGUCGUCACUCCCUACGCCGGAAAGAACAGGCCCCAGCAGCGACGCUUCGAGGACAUCCUCGGAGACUCACCCGACGGCCAGAACUUUGAUCCUCGCCAGCUGGCCUCUCCCGCAAAGGCUGGCCAGGGCAGAAAUCACCAGCCGAUGCGCAUCUUCGAUGGCCAGGAGGACCAUGACCAGGGGGACUCGCCCAAGGCCCGCCCCACCAGCCAGUUCAUACGCCACCCCAACCCCCACAAGUACGAUCACUUUGACUUUGUCGACGGUUCCGACCCUUCGGAUGCCCCCAAGGCUGGCGUGUCGGUCGAGAACAAGCCCAAGAGCAAGCACGACAGCCAGUGGUCGUUUGACGAUUUCGACACCCCCGUCAAGCACAAGCCCUCCAAGGCCAUCCGCCAUCAGGAUGUCCGCCAUUGGGGAACCGACUCUGAGUCACCGGCCAAUAAUAUGCAGGAGCCGACUCAACUCACCGCCAAGGGCCGCCGCGAUGCGGAGGCCCACUUUGAACUGCAAGAUGACGGUGAGCAGGUGCCCCGCCAGGAGCGCCGCCCCAAGGGGGCGGUACAAAACGAGGCCAUGGGCCUCUACAAAAACAAGCUCUUUGACCAGGACUCUCCCGAAACCCCAUCGGAACGCACCCUCAGCAACAUCACCAACCUCAGCCACCGCGGAAAGGACUUUGACGCCCACUGGGAAAUCCGUGACGAAUCCCCGAUGCAGAAGGAGAACGACGCCCGCUUUAGCGGGAACCACGAGUCUGGCCGCAUCCACAUUGCCGGUGAUGGCAUGGGCGGCAAGAAGGGCACCAACCGCGACUGGCUGUACGGAGAUGACGGCAACGACGCGCCUACACGGAAGCCUACUAGCCACGGCAAGGACUUCCAGUCCCAGUGGGAGUUUGGAGGCGAGGAGGAGGCGCCCAAGCCCGUCAGGAAGAGCGAGCAAGACCGCACCACCGACACCCAGAGCAGCGGACGCAUCCACAUCGCCGGCGACGGCAUGGGCGGCAAGAAGGGCACCAACCGCGACUGGCUGUACGGAGACGGCGGCGACGAUGCGCCCGCGCGGAAGCCUACUAGCCACGGCAAGGAUUUCCAGUCCCAGUGGGAGCUCGGGGGCGAGGAGGAGGCGCCCAAGCCCGUCAAGAAGAGCGAGCAGGACCGCACCACCGACACCCAGAGCAGCGGACGCAUYCACAUCGCCGGCGACGGCAUGGGUGGGAAGAAGGGCACCAACCGCGACUGGCUGUACGGAGGCGGUGAGGAAGAGACGCCCAAGCCCGCCCCCACCAAGCAUCGUCUCGCCACGCAGAGUAGUCUCUGGGACCAGUAG